AUGAAGGCCACCCUAAUAGGCUCUGCCCCAGAGGCUUGCAAAGCCACUGACCAGGCACUGCAGCAGAAGACUCAGGCCAUGCCCGCCCGGGCUCCUAGGCAGAAGGUCCUGGUGACUGGAGGAGGAGGCUACCUGGGGUUCAGCCUGGGUUCCCACCUGGCCAAGAGUGGCACCUCUGUCAUCCUGCUCGAUCUCCGCAGACCCCAGUGGGAGCUGGCACCAGGGACCGAGUUCAUCCAGGCUGAUGUCCGAAAUGCAGAAGCCCUCUACCGUGCAUUCAAAGGGGUGGACUGUGUCUUCCACGUAGCCUCCUAUGGAAUGUCUGGUGCUGAGAAGCUGCAAAAAGAGCAGAUUGAGUCUAUAAAUGUCGGAGGCACCAAACUAGUGAUUGAUGUCUGCAUCCACCAGCGCAUUCCCAGGCUCGUCUACACCAGUACUGUCAAUGUGGCGUUUAGCGGAGAGCCCAUAGAGCAAGGGAAUGAGGACUCUCUGCCGUUCUUCCCGCUGGAGAAGCACAUGGACCACUAUUCCCGAACUAAAGCCAUCGCUGACCAGUUGACCCUGAUGGCCAAUGGGACACCUCUUCCAGGAGGAGGCAUUCUACGGACAUGUGUGCUUCGGCCCCCAGGCAUCUACGGCCCUGAAGAGCAAAGACACCUGCCCCGUGUGGUGAGCUACAUCAAGAAGAGACUCUUCAUGUUCCGAUUUGGGGACCGGAAGACGCGGAUGAACUGGGUCCAUGUACACAACCUGGUGCAGGCACACGUGCUGGCGGCUGAGGCCCUCACAGCCACCAAGGGCUUCGUGGCGAGUGGGCAGGCAUACUACAUCAAUGAUGGAGAGAGCGUCAACCUCUUCGAGUGGAUGGCCCCGCUGUUUCAGAAGCUGGGGUACAGCCAGCCCUGGAUCCAGGUGCCUACUUCCUGGGUUUACCUGACAGCCACACUGAUGGAGUAUCUGUACCUGGCCCUCAGGCCUAUCUGCAGCAUGCCGCUGGUGCUCACCCGGAGUGAGGUGCACAGCGUGGCCGUGACGCACACCUUCCAGAUCGCCAAAGCCCGCGCUCAGCUUGGCUACACUCCGGACAAGUUCAACUUCGCCGAGGUCGUGGAGCAUUACGUGCAGUCCACGUCCGAACGGCCCAGCGGCUGCACGGUGUGGACUCUCCUGCGGCUGCUGCUCUUCCUUAGUCUGCUCGCCUUGGCUCUGCACCUCCUGGAACUGCAGCCCCUGGCGGCUGCCGAUGAACGAUGA